ACAAACAUAAAGUUCAACAAUAUGGCGGAUUUCGGCGAUCGAGAAAUGAUCUUGGCAAAUUUUCAGGCUGUAACUGCCAUCGAUAAUCUUGAUGAAUGUAUUGAAUGGCUCAAUCAAAACGAUUGGGAUUUAAUGUCUUCUGUCAAUUCUGUGUUUGCAAAUGAAUCAGAAGUUUGUCAGGAUACAACAGAGUUUCUAUCAGAUUCCUUAUCAUCAAAAAGUGUGCAAAUCCAGGCAAAACCAGAUGUUAUUGUUCCAAGUUUGGAUUAUCCUGUAUUGGAGAGUGGCUUAUCUGUUCCGAGCAGCUCCAAGACACAUGCAGUGUAUGAAACUAACAAUGUAGAGAGUGAAAAGACCGGUGAAAGAGUAUUAAGAUUUUCUAUAAAGUGGAAAGAUGGAGUUUUUCCUGUUACUUUAAAUGACAGUUGCUCUGUUGGAAUGUUGAAACAGGAAAUAGAAAAGCGUACUGGUGUGCCCAGAAAACAUCACGAGUUGGUCCAAUGGCCUCAAAAUAUUUCUGUGACCGACAAGACGAUUUUGUCUCAUUUAAAUUUGGAAGAUGAAACAACACUAUUAUGGACGCCAACUUUGACUACUAACCUUGAUGAAACUAGUUCUCAGACCUCCUCCACUUUUACGAAUGGAAUCACCAAAUCUUUGCGUCAUCCAACGUCUUCUGAUGUAAAGUUGCGGAUACGUUAUCUCAAUAAACGAUAUGAUUUAAAUUUGUCUGGAACAAAAACCAUAGGAGAGGUGAAAACAGAUAUGAGUCAUCGUACAGAUGUCGAGCCUCGCCAUCAGGAAUGGAUUGGCUGGCCAGAAAAAACAACUAAUGACACAAAACUUGCUGAGUUAAAUAAGAGUUCUGUUGGGCUAAUUUUGAAGCGUCGUCUAAAUCAGAGAGGCAGAUCUUCACCAAUGCGUCAGGCUUCUCCCCAACGAGAGCGUGUCGUCCAAGUGGAUAGUGAUGAAGAUGAUGAUAAAAUGGAUAUUAGUGAAGACAAUCGUAGUUCAUGCAGUGAUGAAUCUUUGGAAGGAAAUUUAGACGUUGAUGAUGACAUAAUCAUAGAAGAAAUUUCGACUUCAAAAACCGUUAAAGAGUUGAUACCAGCACACAGUAGAGAUACACGCGAAACCUUGGAGACAUUUGUUAACAAUUUUGAAGAAAGAUACGGCCAUUGUCAUCCUCAUUUCUACAUUGGGUCAUUUAAUGACGUUUUAGAGGAGGCAACUAUGAAAAAUGCUAAAGAUAGAUGGCCAUUAUUGUUAUAUUUGCAUCAUGAUUCCAGUAUAUUGACUAAUGUAUUUUGUAGUCAAAUAUUAUGCGACGAAAAUAUCGUAUCAUACGUUAGUGAAAAUUUCUUAUGCUGGGCGUGGGAUGUGUCACAUGAUACAAAUAAAACGUUAUUAUACGACAUUGUUACGCAGAAAAUCGGCAGUAGUGUUGCGAGCACUGUUCGUAGAUUCAAGGCUGAUCAAUAUCCUUUGGUUGUUGUCAUUAUGAAAAAUAGAUCCUCUUUAGAAGUUUCUGCUGUUCUUCAAGGUGUUAUCACGGUCAACGAAGUCAUGACGACAUUACUCAAUGCUCGUGAAUUAUUUGAAGAAAGUCAACGUGCUGAUAUGAGAGAAGAGCAAGAACGCGAUGCCCGUGAAGCUGUUAAACGAGAACAAGAUGAAGCUUAUCAGGAAUCUUUACGUGUUGACCGUGCUAAGGAGGAAGAACGCACAAGACAAGAAAACGAAGCUUUACGAGUAAAGAAAGAAACAGAGGAGAAAGCGUUUCUCGAAGCCCAAACUAAACAGGCCCAAAUAAAUUCACUUGAAGAGCACGUACCUGAAGAACCAGGUCCUGAUUGUUUGGAGCCAAUUUCUAUUUUAAGAUUUCGUAUGCCAGACAACGAAACCAUCACUCGACGAUUUCUUGCCAGUAGUCCGCUUAAGGUUGUUCUUAUAUUUGUUCAAUCAAAAGGAUAUUUGGAAGAGCAAUAUGCAGUCGUAACAAACUUUCCAAGAAAACAGUUAUCCAACUUGGAUCCAGAUAAAAGUUUACAGUCUUUGGGUUUGUAUCCCCAAGAAACACUUUUUGUUGAAGAAAUUUGAUCAACUUCAUGAUGUCAGAAAUUAAUAAUGUAUUUUGUUCGCUCGUGCCAUAGUAAAACAUCUUAUAGUAAAAUACCCUAUGGUAAAUGGUGAUAUAGAAAUUCUGUAAAAUAUUUUCUUACAUGGCAAUAUUAUCUUUAUGUCAAAAGAUAUUUGAAUAUAUUUUAUUCAAUUAAGAAUUUCCAUUAAUGAUUUCAAUUAUGCAUUAAAACAAGGCCUCCUUUCUGGUUUUUUUUUGAUUUGUAAAA